AUGUCACUGCGUACGCUCGUUGCGUAACUACGUGAUUGAACGUCAACAUGGCUGAAACCAUGCAAGCUUCUGCUAGGAGUUGAUGUGGCACUGAAGAGAACCGCUGACAGUGAAUUUGAGCUUAAUAAAUCACUUUUUUUGUAGAUUAAGUUGUACAGAUCAGGUCACCAUGUAUCUCCAGAAGAUGUUCUCCUGUUCUCAGUUUUUAGCGAGACCAAAUGCUAUGCAAACAUUCAUAAGAGCUGCUUCACAAGGCAAAAAUCCCUCUUCCUCCCCAUUUCUCACACUCCAUGCUGUGCGUCAGUGGAGUAACGUGCCUUUUUUUACAGUGCCGCUGGCACGGGCGCACGGUAAGUCAUUUGCCCACCGAAGUGAGCUGCGCCAGGCCAAGAGAAUCGUCGUCAAGUUGGGGAGUGCUGUCGUGACCCGUGGCGACGAGUGCGGCCUCGCUUUGGGCCGACUCGCUUCAAUUGUAGAACAGGUGGCCAUGCUUCAGAAUCAGGGUAGAGAGAUGAUGAUCGUGACCAGUGGUGCAGUAGCAUUUGGAAAACAAAGGCUGAGGCAUGAAAUACUUCUCUCACAGAGUGUGAGACAAGCCCUGCACUCAGGUCAGAAUCAGCUCAAAGAUAUGUCACUUCCAGUUCUAGAGGCGAGAGCGUGUGCAGCUGCGGGACAAAGUGGACUUAUGGCUCUGUAUGAGGCAAUGUUCACUCAAUACAGCACUUGUACUGCCCAGAUCCUGGUAACAAACCUGGACUUCCACGACGAACAGAAAAGACGUAACCUGAACAGCACUCUGCAUGAGCUGCUGCGUAUGAACAUCGUGCCCAUCAUCAACACCAACGACGCUGUGGUGCCUCCCCCAGAACCCAACAGUGACCUACAGGGGGUAAAUGUUAUCAGUAUCAAGGAUAACGAUAGUCUUGCAGCGCGGCUUGCCGUGGAGAUGAGGGCAGAUCUUCUCAUCGCUCUCUCUGACGUAGAAGGCAUUUACGACAGACCACCAGGGUCAGACGAUGCCAAGCUGCUGGACACAUUUUACCCUGCCGAUCAGCAUUCCAUAACCUAUGGCACAAAGUCCAGAGUCGGCAUUGGAGGAAUGGAAGCUAAGGUUAAAGCUGCUCUCUGGGCUCUCCAAGGGGGGACGUCUGUUGUCAUUGCUAAUGGUACAAACCCCAAAGUCACAGGUCAGGUGAUCACUGACAUUGUUGAGGGAAAGAAAGUAGGAACCUUCUUCUCAGAGGUCAAGCCAGCUGGCCCCACAGUCGAGCAGCAGACAGAAAUGGCUCGCUCUGCUGGCAGGACCCUUGCUUCCCUUGAACCAGAGCAGAGAAGUGAAAUCAUUUGCACAUUUGCCGAUCUCCUUACUGAGAGGAAAGACGAAAUCUUAUCUGCCAACAAAAAGGACAUGGAGCAUGCUGUUAGCACAGGUUGUCUGUCUCCAGCCAUGCUGAAUCGACUCAGUUUGUCAUCGUCUAAACUGAACAGUCUGUCCAUUGGCUUGCGUCAGAUCGCAGUGUCCUCUCAGGACAGAGUUGGCAGGGUUCUGCGCAGGACUCGUGUGGCAAACAAACUGGAGCUGGAGCAGAUCACUGUCCCUAUAGGAGUACUGCUGGUCAUCUUUGAGUCUCGACCAGACUGCCUUCCUCAGGUUUCGGCUUUAGCCAUUGCCAGUGGAAAUGCUCUUUUGUUGAAAGGUGGCAAAGAGGCGGCCAACACAAAUCGCAUCCUGCAUGAACUCGCUCAGGAGGCUUUGUCUAUCCAUGGAGUCAAAGAUGCCAUCCAGCUGGUGAGUACGCGUGAAGAGGUGGAGGAUUUGUGCCGUCUGGAGAAGAUGAUUGAUCUGAUCAUUCCCCGCGGCUCCUCUCAGCUAGUCAGAGAUAUUCAGCGUGCAGCUAAGAGCAUCCCUGUUCUUGGCCACAGUGAGGGGAUCUGCCAUGUCUAUGUGGACCAUGAGGCCAGUGUUGACAACGCCAUCAAGAUCAUCCGAGACUCUAAAUGCGACUACCCUGCAGCCUGUAAUGCCAUGGAAACCCUGCUGGUGCAUCGAGAUCUUCUCAGAACCCCACUGUUUGAUCAGAUCAUUGACAUGCUGAGAACAGAACAUGUGAAGGUCCAUGCCGGCCCCAAGUUUGCAUCGUACCUGACCUUCAGCCCGUCAGAGGUCAAGUCUCUGCGUACUGAGUACGGGGAUCUGGAGUGCUGUAUCGAGGUUGUGGACAGUAUGCAGGAUGCUGUUGAUCACAUCCAUAAAUACGGCAGUUCCCACACUGAUGUUAUCAUCACUGAAAAUGAGGAAACAGCAGAGCAGUUUCUUCAGCAAUUAGAUAGUGCCUGUGUCUUUUGGAAUGCCAGCUCACGGUUCGCUGAUGGAUAUCGUUUUGGUCUCGGUGCAGAGGUUGGCAUCAGCACGGCCCGUAUUCAUGCCCGUGGGCCUGUUGGGUUAGAAGGGCUUCUCACUACCAAGUGGGUCUUACGGGGCGAGGGCCACACAGCUGCAGAUUUCUCAGAGCAGGGCAGCAUGACGUAUCUGCACGAGAAUCUUCCGGUGGCGCAGGUUCUUCCUGGACACAGAACCACCAGCGUCAAGUAAAAGCAUCUGAAGUCAAUAAUCAAAUACAUCUUAAGUAAAAGCUCACCCACUUAAUGUAUUUAAAGACUCCAGUCAGGCAAUGUAUUUGGAGAAAGUGUGAAUACAAAGAAAAUCAUCUGUCCAAUGAACCCAUACAUUUAAAUAUUCCAGAUAUGUGUGUCUAGUUCUCAGAAAGAACCAGAUGAACUUAUAGCUAACAGAAACCAAGAAAGGUCAUGCAGAGACAACAAGGGAAUUUUUUGUCAUUUUUUUUUGUUAUGAUUUGUGCAUUAUGUUCUUUUGAGUAGCCGAACGAAUUACUGAUCAUGGGAAAAAUAAUGACAGCUUCACUCCAGUAUGGAGUUAAUGAAAAGAGUCCCCGCGAAUUGCCCAUGUUAUAUAUUUAUGUAAUAUUUAAUGUGUGAAAAUGCAGUAGGAAUUUUGAAAUGAAAUUUCCUGGCAAAAUAUGGAGCAUUAAAAAUCAUUGUGCCAUUUUACAGCAUAUUGUGUACACAUAAUUUCAGCUUUAAUGGGAAAAAAAAUGUCAUUUGGCAUAGUGCUUGCCUUAUUCAACAUCACAUAAAAAUAAAAUACUGUAUUAAGAUUUUUUUUUUUUUCUGUGGAAGAGUGUUAGUCAUAUACAGUACAAGAUAAGGAAACUGUUAUUUCAAUCGGAAGAAAAAAAACCUUGUAUUUUCAAGCUGCUUUGUCUAUUUAAUUUACUUUUAUUGAAGAGGAAAUGCAAGAAAAGCAAUGUUCCUGUUCAUUGCUUUUCUCAUUUAAAUUAUUUUUUUUAUACUUUAAUCAUGAAUAAUAUGCAGAACUGUAGGCAUUUCCAUCUUUCUUCUGUAAAAUUCACCCGGGACGGCCAGCUUUUGUCCUGAACUGCUUCAAAAAGGCCUUGUUUUCUUUACUUUAAAGUGCAGUAACACCCUACAAAAUAGAUAGUGGUGCUUAUAGUGUGAAAAGUGUUCACAUUUUUGUA